AUGCAGAGGGCUGGGGCAGGAGGCCGGAGGGCGUCUGACUGCGGCCCUGCCCCUUACAGGCCCAGGUGCAUCACCAAGUUUGCCCAGUAUGUGGGCUCCUUCCCCGUGGAUGACCUGGAUACUCAGGAGAGUGUGUGGCUGGUCCAACAGCAGCUGUGGGCACUGAAGGACUGUCCCCGACGCCGGGCUGUCAUCCUGAAAUUCAGCCUUCAGGGCCUCAAGAUCUACAGCGGAGAGGGUGAGGUGCUCCUGAUGGCUCAUGCCCUGAGGCGAAUAUUCCACUCUACCUGGUGCCCAGCAGACUGCCAGUUUGCCUUCAUUGCCCGGAACCCACGGAGCCCAGCCAGCAAGCUCUUCUGCCACCUCUUUGUGGGUAGCCAACCUGGAGAGGUCCAGAUCCUGCACCUGCUCCUCUGUCGCUCCUUCCAGCUAGCUUACCUCAUGCAGCACCCUGAGCAGCGGGCUCAGCAGGAACCGUGCCCAGGUUCUGCAGAGGAUGUGCCCCGGAAGCCACUGCCCAGCCCUGAGGGCCCCCCUGGCUUGGUGCGUGAACCCUUCGGCCGUGAUCAGCUUUCCCAGAACGUCCAUGCACUCGUCUCCUUCCGGCGGCUGCCAGCAGAGGGACCAGCAGGCAGUGGGAAGGAGUUGCUAGAGCUGGAAGGCCGUGGGGGCACCCGCCAUGCCCGCCUGGGGAAUCCCUACUGCUCACCCACACUGGUUCGCAAAAAGGCCAUUCGCAGUAAAGUGAUCCGCUCAGGGGCCUACCGAGGGUGCACCUACGAGACUCAGCUCCAGCUGUCAGCUCGGGAGGCCUUCCCUGCAGCGUGGGAGGCCUGGCCUAGGAGUCCCAGCGGCCCUGCAUGCCUGGUGGAGAGCGAGGGAAGCUUGACUGAGAACAUCUGGGCCUUUGCUGGCAUUUCCAGGUCCUGUGGCCUCGCUUUGCUGCGGAGGGAUGUGCUUGGGGCCUUCCUGCUGUGGCCUGAGCCAGGCACCCCGGGCCAGUGGUGUCUGUCGGUCCGGACACAGUGUGGUGUGGUGCCCCACCAAGUCUUCCGGAACCACCAGGGCCGCUACUGUGUGGAGCACCUGCCCACUGAGUUUCCCAGCCUGGAGGCCCUGGUGGAGCAUCACUCGGGCACUGAGCGCAGCCUCUUCUGCUCCCUGGACAUGGGCCACCUGAACCCUGGCUAUGAGGGGCAGGACUGUGGGCCUGAGGUCAGGCCCCCCCGGACUCUCCGGCCCCUGAGCCAUGCUAAGUCUGAGGCAGAGCUGCAGGGUCUGGGCUAG